AUGAUUAACAAUUUUAAAUCACCCCCCUCCAAUGACCCGAUUAAGAAGCUGCAGAACUUACUAAAUAAUUGCCUCUAUUCCGUCGUCGAUGUGCUGAGCAACUUAUCGUACCAAGGAGAACCCAAGGAGCUAGAAGUUGUUCCUGAGGAAGAGAGCGAAUAUGCCUACUUUGUGAACUUGCUUAAGGAAAGGGCCGCCGAGAUUGAGCUGGAGACUGAGGAAGCGGUGGAAGAAAUACAGGCCGUGGUGAAGGGGGAGGUAGAAGAGAAGAUCAAUGAGGAUGUGAAAGAAGAAGUAAUCGAGGAGGUUAAAGGAGAAGUAAAAGAGGAAGUAAAGGAGGAAGUAAAUGAGGAAGUGAAAGAAGAAGUAAAGGAGGAAGUAAAGGAGUAUGUAAAGGAAGAAAUAAAGGAAGAAGACUACAAAGGAAAUACAAAAACAGAAGCGAAGAAUGAUGUGAACGAGGCGAAAGACACCGUGGAGAACCCCACGGGGGAGGGUGACCCAGAUAAGGAUGGCCAAACGGACGAAUCGGAUGAUCCGUCAAGCGAAGAAACGAGCGAUGGGUCAUACGAACAGUCAAGCAGUUCAUCGGAUGGACAAUCCAACGAUGACCCAAUGGACAGAAAAGAACAGGAUGGCGAGAAGACGCAACGCUCCGUGGAAGAAGGAUCCCCCAAAAAGUAUUUUGUCAAACCAUAUUUUGAAAAUCCCCUGCAGGAAGAAAUCCUAGACCGAGUGGAACGAAUGAACUUAAUUUUAAAAAUGAUAGACUCUUGUAUAGAGGAGUUGCCCGAUUCGUUGAUGAUCGAAGAAGAGAAGUGCCAGGAAAUGAAGGCAUUGCAGAAGCGGAAGGACGAAUCAAAGGAAGAAUUAAAAAGACUCUACAGUGAAUAUGACGCCAUCUACAGUUACGUUACAGAUAACCUGCGGGACAUUAUUAUUAACACGGAAUGA